AUGUCGAACUUCAUCUCUCGACUAAGGAGACCCAACGUGACCGAGAUAUCACCAGAAAGUCUUGAUGCCUUCAGUGGCAUCGAUGAGACAGUCUUCGUUGGCUAUAUCGAUUCGGAUGACCACGCGUCUCGAGAGAUCUUCUCAGGAAUCGCGAAGCAGUAUAGAGAGGAGUUCACGUUCGGGCUAGUUUCUGAUGUUGCCUUCAUCAAAGAGCGAGCCUUGAUCUCGCCCACUAUAAUAUGUCACCUAAAAAAUGGAGGUACGAGGACGAUCAAAUCCUUUACGAAGGAGGCGGACUUGGAAAACUUUGUUAUUGAAGCUUCAAGACCUGUGAUUGGGGAGUUGACUCCGUACAACCAGCAGAGGCUGCUCAAUCGUCAAUGGCCCAUGGUUUACCUGUUCGCACAGACCGAAGAAGAUCGUCAAAGGUUCCGGGCGGAUUUGCACAAGUUUGCUCAGGACUACUACGACUCCUUGACAUGUGUGACUGUCGAUCCACUGGAGUUCCCGGAGUUACUGGCGAAAAUGGGGCUGGAGCCUGGUGUUUUUCCUUCAGGGGCUGUUCAUCAGCUGUCGAAGGACAGGGUCUACCCGUACCCACGAGACUUGCCCAUAGACUCGCGGUCACUACAGAAGUGGGGACUGGAUGUUUGGCAAGGGCGUAUCAAACCAUGGGCGCCUCCCGGCGCAGCAACGUCUUAUGACGAUCCAAGCCCGACUAAGAAAGCGAAGAGGAAGGUCUCGCUAGCCAAUAUUCCGGGUGUGACGAUCAGGGUCGCAGGGCAUGAUGAACUGUAA